GGACGCCCGCAGAGUCUAGAGAACCACGGCCGCCGGGGCUUGGAACCGGUUGGUGCCGGGCUGCCCAGUUGCGGAGCCGCCGCCCCUUCCGUCCCCGGCCCGCGGUUCUCUCAGCUCCGGCGGGCCCUGCGCGCGGUGGAUUCCGUGUUUUCUGGGCCAGGGGUAGUCAGUUCUGCCCCCGGUGAUGACUCUCUUUCCUCCAGCUGCCGGCUGGGGACUAUACUCCUUUCACCGCUCCGUUCAGGCCCCUCUUCCUACACUCCGCUGCAUGUGUCAUGCGCAUUCUUGGACACUUUAGUGAUACUGUUGUGGAUACACCAGAGUGACUGAUGAACCACCCUCACCUUUCCGGUUUCGUGCCUUCUCUUUCUGCACCACAUUCCUUUGAUAAGACUUGGCAAAGUCUCACUGUGUAGCCCUGGCUGGCCUGGAAGCUGUGCAUACCAGGAUGGCUUGGAGAGAUCCACCUGCCUCUGCUUCUUGAGUGUGGAGAUUAAAGGCGUUCACCACUAUCACUGAGUGGUGACAGUAGCAGGCUCCUUUGCCUUCUAUGUCUUGGGUAAAGCACCAUAUCCCACUUGAACUCUGCAUCCAGGAAGCCCAGGAUUGAAGACAAAAGAUCAGAGACAUUGACUAACCUGGAAACAGGGACAUCUUUGGAACUUUAUCUACAGUAAUCUUUUAAACUGUCGUCAGGUGAAAUCAGCUUCAUCUUAUUCUGCUUAUUGAAAAGGACAUGGCUUCAAGGAUUUUAAAUUUCCUUUUAGUUUUUCAUGAACUUGAUGGGAAACGGAGCCCUUAAAAGGCGUGAUAAUAACAAGAAAAGAUUGAAAACAGGCAAUACUGCUGUCUGUUUUUUCUCCCCAUUCAAAGAAAAGGAUUUACAACUCAACCCUGUAACAGCUAUUGUCCAACUUUGGCCAUCAAGAGAGAAAUAAAUAAAAUUAAAUCACCAUUGCCAGACAGCCAGCCCUGGUGAAGUCAAGGUGUGAGAGUGGUGGCACUGAGAAGACUGCCAAAAAGGAACAAGAACUGCAGUUAAAAAAAAUCAGCUUCUUUUUAAGCUGGAAGAGACCCCAAGUUCCUUCUUGGAUUAAAAUAGAAAACCAGGGCACACCUUUUAGGUGCUGCUCCUAUUUUUGUGAAGUGUGGUGUUGUGGAGGGGCUCUUGUAUCUCCUCAGAAGAGUUCCUGCCCUCCCCACCCCAAUACUUCUUUCCUCCCUUUUGAAGACCUGCCUUCAUCCAUGAGCUAUACCUUGAUCUGCCUGACUGCAUGUUUUCCACCUGCGACUGUUUGCAUGCGUACAGCCUGUUUGUCUUCACGUUUUAAACUGUACAAGUUGUGUUUCUUAAUCUCCUUUUCUGCUCUAUUCUGGGGAGGUGGUUUUUAAUCAGUUGAAAUCACCUUUCCCCCUCCCAUGUGCUUUCCUUCAUUUGAGAUCUUUUGACCUUCAUUUUUAUUUGGGAGGGGGAAGGGUGAUAAUUUUACAUUUUCUGUUUUCCCCAGUUUUCUUUCCUCUCUGUUUCCCUCAUCCCAUUUUCUUAUCUGUUCUGCCGCUGUGUGGGCCUGGGCUAUGCGGCAGGGCACAUCAUUCAUCAGAGCUCCAACAUGCCCGCAGAGUCUGGAAAGAGAUUCAAACCCAGCAAGUAUGUACCGGUCUCAGCAGCCGCCAUAUUUCUAGUGGGAGCUACAACACUCUUCUUUGCCUUUACGUGUCCAGGACUAAGCCUGGAUGUGUCACCUGCAGUGCCCAUUUACAAUGCGAUUAUGUUCCUUUUCGUGCUGGCCAACUUCAGCAUGGCCACCUUUAUGGACCCAGGAAUUUUCCCCCGAGCUGAAGAAGACGAAGACAAAGAAGAUGAUUUCCGAGCUCCCCUUUACAAAACAGUGGAGAUCAAGGGUAUCCAGGUGCGAAUGAAAUGGUGCGCCACCUGCCGCUUUUACCGCCCUCCUAGAUGCUCCCACUGCAGUGUCUGUGACAACUGUGUGGAGGAAUUUGAUCAUCACUGCCCUUGGGUGAACAACUGUAUUGGUCGCAGGAACUACAGAUACUUCUUCCUUUUCCUCCUUUCCCUGACAGCCCACAUCAUGGGUGUGUUUGGCUUUGGCCUCCUUUAUGUCCUCUGUCACAUAGAGGAACUCUCAGGGGUCCGAACUGCUGUCACAAUGGCAGUGAUGUGUGUGGCUGGCUUGUUUUUCAUCCCUGUAGCUGGCCUCACAGGAUUUCAUGUGGUGCUGGUGGCCAGGGGACGCACAACCAAUGAACAGGUUACAGGAAAAUUCCGGGGAGGUGUGAAUCCCUUUACCAAUGGCUGUUGUAACAAUGUUAGCCGUGUCCUCUGCAGUUCUCCAGCACCCAGGUAUUUGGGGAGACCAAAGAAAGAGAAGACAAUUGUAAUCAGACCCCCUUUCCUUCGACCAGAAGUGUCAGAUGGGCAGAUAACUGUGAAGAUCAUGGAUAAUGGCAUCCAGGGAGAACUGAGGAGGACUAAGUCUAAGGGAAGCCUAGAGAUAACAGAGAGCCAGUCUGCGGAUGCGGAACCUCCACCUCCUCCUAAGCCAGACCUGAGCCGAUACACAGGGCUUCGAACACACCUCAGCCUGGCUACUAAUGAGGAUAGCAGUCUCUUGGGCAAAGACAGCCCCCCUACACCUACCAUGUACAAGUAUCGGCCAGGUUACAGCAGCAGUAGCACAUCAGCCGCCAUGCCUCAUUCCUCCAGCGCCAAGUUGAGUCGUGGAGACAGCUUGAAGGAACCAACUUCAAUUGCAGAUAGCAGCCGCCAUCCCAGCUACCGCUCAGAACCCAGCUUGGAGCCAGAGAGCUUCCGGUCUCCCACUUUUGGCAAAAGCUUUCAUUUUGAUCCUUUGUCCAGUGGUUCACGAUCCUCCAGCCUCAAGUCAGCUCAGGGCACGGGCUUUGAGCUGGGCCAGUUGCAGUCCAUUCGUUCAGAGGGCACCACCUCCACCUCCUAUAAGAGCCUGGCCAAUCAGACACGCAAUGGAAGUCUAUCUUAUGACAGCCUACUCACUCCUUCAGACAGCCCUGAUUUUGAGUCAGUACAGGCAGGGCCUGAGCCAGACCCACCUUUAGGCUACACCUCUCCCUUCCUGUCAGCCCGGCUGGCCCAGCAACGGGAAGCCGAGAGGCACCCACGUUUGCUGCCAACUGGCCCACCACACCGAGAGCCCUCACCAGUCCGUUAUGACAAUCUGUCUCGCCACAUCGUGGCCUCCCUUCAGGAACGAGAGAAGCUGCUACGACAGUCACCUCCACUUGCAGGCCGUGAGGAAGAACCAGGCUUGGGAGACUCAGGCAUUCAGUCAACACCAGGCUCAGGCCAUGCCCCCCGUACUAGUUCCUCCUCAGAUGAUUCCAAGAGAUCACCCUUGAGCAAGACUCCACUGGGACGCCCAGCCGUCCCCCGUUUUGGCAAACCAGAUGGGUUAAGAGGCCGGGGACUAGGGUCCCCUGAACCAGGCACAACUGCCCCCUACCUGGGCCGAUCGAUGUCCUAUAGCAGCCAAAAAGCCCCAUCUGGUGUGUCUGAGACAGAGGAAGUAGCACUGCAGCCAUUACUGACACCCAAAGACGAAGUACAGCUCAAGACCACCUACAGCAAAUCCAAUGGGCAGCCCAAGAGUAUAGGCUCAGCUUCCCCUGGCCCAGGCCAGCCACCUCUCAGUAGCCCCACAAGGGGAGGAGUCAAGAAGGUGUCAGGGGUGGGUGGCACCACUUACGAGAUUUCUGUGUGAAUCUUGGCGCCUCCCUUCCCCCACACCUCUGCACCUACACCAAAGGGCCUCAGGUGGCCACCUUCCUUCCCUCAAGGGGCUCCCCUACUUUGCAUGGACAUUUUUUAAACCACCGAUUCCAAGAGGAUGAGGCUUGUUUUACAAAAUGCCAUGGGGUUAAGGAGAGUUGGGGCCCUGAGACUGGGGUGGCACCUCCCCCUCCUUUGAUCUUUUAAGACCUUCCCUUCCUUGAUCCCUGGACCAGACUCAGUGGACAUUUGUGCAAUUGCUCGCCCUGGAGGGAACCAGAUCAUUUUUAAACCAGAAAUAAUUUUUUUUAUUAUUGUUACGGAUUCUAUUUUUUUCCUCUUCUCCGUUACCAGGUGUGUGUGUACAUAUAUAUAUAUUAUAAAUAUCAAAGAAAUUAUAUAUCUAUCCUGGGAUGGGAAAACAAGGGAGGGAUAUAUAGAAAUAUAUAUAUAUGGAGGGGGAUUUUAUUCUUCCCUUUCCUUAGACCAGCAGGAAAAGAGAGACAUUAAAGUCUUCCUUUUCUCCAUGGUUCCCUCUUUUGUCCCAGUUACCGACUGAAGAAGUAGCACCUGCUGGUGCUCAGUGAUUAGGAAAGAAACCUGGGUACAUCUGGGAUUCUGUCAGAUAAAAGAACUUGGAGAGUUUUUAAACUCCUUCACAUCUAAUUUCCCCAGGAAAGGGGUCACAGUUCCAUGAUGGUGGUGGGAGAUCAGGAAGAGAGCUUGGCCAAAUUUAAGAAACACCAGGCAGCCCUGCCCUCCAUUCUUGGAAGACAGGGAUUGUGGUGAGCCCCUUCAAUGCUUCCCUAGAAUUUACAGGAAAAUCUUAAAAUCCAAGGCCAGGAGAGAAGAAUCCAAAAAAGCAAUAUUUUUCAUCAUAUGCCAAAAAUGGGAUAGAGAGAAGGAGUGGCAGGCCUAGGCCCCUCCGAUUGUCCCUUGGGGUUUACCCCUUAGCCCACCUCAAUAUGGUGCUGGGUAGAGGGGUAGCUGGGUUCUAACCUUAAACAGGGAAGACUCCAGCCUCUAUACAGAGACCCUUUAAUUUUUUUAUUCUGAUUAGCCAUUUUAAACCAACAAAGAAUAAAAUAAAUCCUGAUCUAA